UCCUUCGCUUGCUGCUUGCCACAUUUCAAACUAGCAUGGCGACCGCUGCCUGUGAUCUUCAGUGUACCGGCAACAACAGCAGCGGCGCGGCGAAAACACACAAAGAGCAGCACAGGAAAACGAGGGACUCCAGACGGAGACAGGCUGCUUUGUUGUUCCUUAAUAACAUCUCCCUCGAUGGACGGCCUCAGUGUCAUUUUACCAAUGGAAAUAGCGACAGGAAAGCCGAGGAGCACCGAGUCAGGGACGUCGGAGCACCGGUUGUUCCUCCGCCGGCGGGUAUCCAAGGAACAGUCGCCCAGGUGACACCCGUCGCCGCCGGCAGCGUUCAGGCUACAGCCCCGGGAACCUGUGUGGUGAGCCCUGUCCGACCUUCUUUGGUAAUGUCUCCGGGAGCUGAAGCAGGUGCUGUCGGGGCCAAUGAAGUAUUUUGGGAGGGUGGGAGUGCAGCAGACAUGUUACUCCCAGACAUCCCUCUGUCACCCGUUACCCCCGGACAGCCGCCGUGCUCACGUGUCCUGUCGCCGUCCGUGUUCAGCCCAGGCCCGGCUACAAAUUCUCUACCUCUGGAGUCACGUCAAAGAUCAAGGAAUGUCUCUGGUUCCCCCGGGCCUAAGGUGGCUAAGAAAGUCCACUUCAUUAAGAGCAUGAAGCAGUAUGACACCAGAGGAUGCAGGAUCAUGCUGAUUUGUGCCAAGCGGUCGCUAUACGCUGCUUUCUCAGUGCUGCCCUAUGGAGAGAGUUGUCACCUCAGUGAUCCUAAACUGGAGGCUCAGAGACAGAGGCUGUCCUCUGUGGUUGCUGCCGACCUGCUCCCUUCACUGGAGGGCGUAGAGCUGGGUGCUUAUGGAAAGACCGUUUCCUACGCUCAGUUCCUUUACCCGACCAAUGCCUUGGUGAGGCAGAAGAGCAGCGGCAUGCCGGAGAGCUGCACAGCACAGACCCCUCAGUUGCGUUACCGUGGCAACGGGCAGAGAAACUUCACCCCAGCUCGUCUGAGCAACACUGUGGCACAGGACCCAUGUACAGAGGACUUGGCAGAGUAUGAUCCUAACCUCCUCAGUGACCCGCAGUGGCCCUGUGGGAGACACAAGAGGGUUCUUAUAUUUGCGUCAUAUGUGACAACAGUCAUUGAGUACGUGAAACCAUCUGACCUGAAGAAGGAUAUGAAUGAGACGUUCAAGGAGAAGUUUCCCCACAUCAAUCUGACACUCAGCAAGAUAAGAAGCCUGAAGAGAGAGAUGCGAGCAGUGAGCGAGGAGUGUGCCCUACAGCCAGUCACCAUAGCGAUGGCUUUUGUUUACUUUGAGAAGCUGGUGCUGCAGGGUCGUCUCAACAAGCAGAACAGGAAGCUGGUGGCUGCAGCUUGUGUGCUGCUGGCAGCAAAGAUCAGCAGUGAUCUGCGGAAGCCAGAAGUCAGACAGCUUAUUGACAAGCUGGAGGAGCGUUUCCGAAUCAACAGGCGGGAGCUGAUUCCCCUGGAGUUCCCAGUGCUGGUUGCCUUGGAGAUGGGACUCUACCUCCCUGAGAGCAAGGUCAUGCCUCACUACCGCAGACUGGUGCAGCAGGGUUAGACUGGACAUGCUGACGGCUGCCCGUGCGCUGCUUUCAUUGAUAAAGUCAGUAUUACACUGUAGUCUGUGGUGAGUCAAUCUGCAAACUGGGAAGUGGAACUGGGACUCCGAAUCUGAACCAGCUAGUUGGUGGCCUUUACCUUCACGUGGUGGAUUGACCCGUUUCCUCUGCACACUGUGGUGUACAUUGUUUCAAACAAGUAACUGCUACAUAUAUGAGCAUGGUAUAAUUUAUUUUCUUUCAACUGUGAAUGGGCUCACCUAUAUGAAGAUUAACUGUAAUAACUGUCACUUGUUUGCAGAGGUUUUCGACUUGAUGGCAUGUGUGUUUCUGUGUGUCUUUCUAAGUGUUUGUAUGUGUGGCGUUCUGGUGUCAAUCCAGUCAUGAACUCUAUGUUAGAGAUGUUGAAAUAGCACGUUAAUGGUGCUUUUAUUUUGGUUUAUCCUGACUCUUUUUUUAAAAUAGUCCUCUCUGUGUAUAGUAUUCUUAACUUAAACUCUAUUUAAAUGAUGUGUUGGAAAACACACAAUGUUUAAAUGUAUGCUGUGCUGUGAUAUUGCUCAAUUAUGAUGUAACUGUGUUUGUGUCUGUGAAAAUCACUCACCUGCACUUUUAUUAUUACUAUACAGUCUGUAUAGUACUCGUCACCAGUAGUCUUUGAAAAUCUUGAUUGUUUUUUUAGACACCUUUUAAACACACUGUGAACACGAUGCGUUUUUAUCGUUUAGAUGGAGAUGACAUAGACUUUUGGAAAGAAAACAUGAUUUUGUCCGCUUGUUAUUGGAGCUUUUGGCUGUUUUCUGUUUGCCAGGAAGUUCCAGGGGGAGAAAGUGACCUUUAAGUUGUUGUACAACUCAUUUGACAAGUACAGAGAGAUUUGUAUGGCUUU